AUGGCACGAAUCCGCAACCUCCCCUACUACGCCUACCUCCGGUACCGCAUCCACCGACUCCAAGCACAGAUAGACGCAAACAACCGGCUCACCACACACCUCUCCACGCAGCGGGGAAUAGACGAAUAUGCCUACCGCAUCACUCUGAACAACACCCAAUUCAACGCAAGCCGCGAUUUCGCCACCUGGGCACGGCAGGCCUCGGGGUGCAGAGCUGCGCGGUUUAAAACGAUAAUUUCAGUAAUUCCGAGGGGCGCAAACGUAAAAUUGAAAACUGAACUCCAUAAUCCACUUGAAAAUAGAAAUUCAAACAUUCAGUUGCAAUUGGUCUCAUUCUUCGGAGUUGGAGUCGGAGUCGAGGCUUGGCAGAUCUAG